AUGCUAGCCGAGAGCACGGACAAGAAGAUCACGCUGCAGUACGCCACCACCGGGCAGGACGGGGUGGAGUACAGGGUAAGCUUCGACCUGGACUUCUGCAAGGGGAAGCGGAGCUCGGAGUUUGGAGAGUACGAGAGGCUGUGCUUCGGCGAAGCCUAUGACGUCGAGACCUUCCUCCUGGACGAGGGCGACAGAAAGGCCUACCGGGUUAUUGCAGAGGAGGGAGUCCUGCUCUCCCGCAUCAGCAACAUGUCCGUGAAGACCGCCGAGUCCGGUGAUACCGACACCAACGACUACUCCAUCGCCGUGCUCAUCCACACGAAGGAGCCCAAGUUCCCCGAGGAUGACAAGGACAGCGACACCCCUCUCAACCCCGACAGCACCGACGGCGUCCCCUGGAGCGUGCCGAUCUACCGCAACAGCCAGACGAUCGACCAGAACGGUCUGGGCAAGUUCCAGAUCACGGUGAAGCGCGCGGUCGAGCGCAACGAGCUCCCGGAGGACCCAUACACCGAGGUCACGACCGACAGCACGGGCGUGGUCUACAUGACCUUCUUCGUGGAGCACAAGCCCAAGCCCGAGCGGGAGGAGGCGACCCGCGGAGGUGGUUCGUUCCGCACCCGCGGCUGCGGCGAGGUCAAGCACGACCAGGCCAGGGUCGGGUAUGGUGACCGCGCCAGCACCGCCUCGCAGAAGAGUCAGUACAAGACCAUCCCCGGGACCGGGCGCUUCAUCCUCCCCCUCCGCUACAUGGUCCGCGCUGGUUCCGACGCCUCCGAAGCGCCCUGCUCGGAGACGGCGCCCAAGGCGGAGGCCCGUAUUAUGGCGCUGGAGGAGCUCCAGGCCCAGGUGGCCGUAGUCCCUCCCUGA